GCAGCGCCGGGGCGGCAGGAUGGAGCGGUUCGUGGUGCGCGGGCCCCGCGGCCCGCACAGCCCCCGCCGCGCCGCGCCGGGCCCCCGCGCCUCCCGGCAGGCCACCCUCGAGUCCCUCAAGGCAGUUGUGGUUGUGGAAGACAUCAAACGAUGGAAGUCUGUGCUUGAACUUCCUGGGCAACCAAAAGAGAAUCUGAUUGAAGCUUUGGAGGAGCUGAAGAAGAAAAUACCUUCCAAGGAAGUGUUACUUUCAACCAAAAUAGGUCACACGGUGAACAAGACGCGCAAACAUUCCGAUCCCGCCGUGGCCAGCCUGGCCAGGGACAUCUACACAGAGUGGAGAACUUUCAUCAGAGACCAUUCAAACAAGCCCUCAAUCGUGGUCAGGAGCGAUCCCAAGACCGAGGCCUUCCGAAGGAACGCGCGGAAGCUGCUUUGUGAAGCCCUGGAUCUGGAGGCUGAUCACCCACUGGCUGAAAACAUGGAGCGAGAAGCUUUUCAUCUCUCUUCCCGCCUGGUCAGCGCCCCGUACCGCAGGACCGUGCGAGCUCUUGUCUUCUCAUUAAAGCACAAACCUGAAACCCGAGCAGAAGUCAAGGCUGGCACACUCACUGUCCCUGCCUUUGUACAGAGCCAUAAAAAGUGAGGUGUCGUGCUCGAUCCCGAGUGAGAACUUCUUGUGCCUGCACCUCUGCGGAGCUGGGAGCCCUUCCUGCCGCGCGGGGAGGGUGGAAGUGCUGACAGUGUGACUCCCUUGGCACCACUCUGUGAGCAGGGCUGCUGGAGACAAGGAGUACUAAUGAUGAAAGGGGUGCUGUAAAUCUGGCUUGGUGGAAAUCCAUGUGGGCUUGUUGCAAGACAGGUUUCUUCUACUCUGCUGUAUAUUUUUGCUGCUACAAAAGCCAUCCUUGCUCACUCACCUGUUUCUCACUUCUGCCCAGUCUGUCAUACCUCAGUUUAGCUUGGUCCCCGAGGUGGAUCUUCAGGUGUCAUCAGCUGAAUAACAUAAAGGAGCAGCUCUCUGCUCGUAGGAAAUACUGGGAAUUGAGGGUAAUUGGUCCACUGGAGGAGAUUCCUAGUGGAUAACUACAAACUGUAGUUAACUCUAAAUCAGCCGUGUCUGCUGCAGCUGGGCCUUGUCUGUGGCAAGAGCUGUUUUGCUAAGACAGGAGAUUUUCCUUUGCUGCAUUCCAGAGAUGGAUGCAAAUGGGUUUCAGUAACUUGCUAUCCACCAUUCCACAGGCUCAGUCAUCCUGUGGUUGUGGGCAUUUUCUAAAGCCUUGGCAUGAAAAUUAAAAUGCCUUGGAGUACAGGUGAUAUCUAAUGCCUCUGCUGUAUAGUGAGCAGCUCACUCAGACUUUCAUACCUCACUCAUUUAAAUGUGGUGCUUGUUCUUCCUGCAACGUGAAAAAAACACUCAAAUUGAAUUUUCUAAAUAAAACUAGGUUAUAAGCAAAAUACUACUUUUAAAGGCUUUUUUUUCUCCAAAAGGAUCAUGGUUCAGAAGGAUUGUGUGAACAAACUUAAACAACAAACUAUUGUUUAAUUCCUUUUAGUUAUUAAAAACUGGAAAAAUUCUCAUA